AUGGAGCCUGCACAAGAGCCACAGGAGCUGGGACCUCAGACAGAAAUGAUUGCGGACACAAUUCUUGAGGUUGGAGAGAGACUUUUCCAGGUCAGCCGUAGGGUGCUUUCAGUACACAGUCGAUACUUUGAAGCCAUGUUUUUUGGAGGAGCAAGAGAGAGCUCUGAACAGCACAUAGUGAUCAAAGGGGUUGAUGCAGUGCCAUUUCAGGCACUACUUGAGUUCACUCGCACAGCCCAAGUGCUCAUAGGUCAAGAAAAUGUGACCAGCUUACUGGAAACGGCUGAUUUUUUUCAGUUUGACAGGGUGAAACUGUUGUGUGAGAAAUUUCUGGAGAGAGAACUGCAUGUUUCAAACUGCCUUGGCCUGAUGACCUACUCACAGCAAUUUGCCUUUACAGAGUUGUAUGUGUCUGCUAUGAAUGUGGCUCUCACUCACUGGGGGGAUGUGAUAUGCCAGGAAGAAUUUAAGGCAUUACCCAAAGAAAUGCUGGUGCAGCUCCUGAAGAGUGAUGACCUCUUCAUUUCAAGAGAGGAUGUGGUUUUUGACAGUAUUAUGAUUUGGAUAAUGGAGGACCCAGCAACAAGAGAGGACGAAUUUCUGGAUUUGAUGGGCGAAGUCAGGGUCACUUUUCUGAGUUUGUCCUUCCUUGAUAUCUUGGUGAAACGCAGCAAGCGUGCUGGAGAGACAGAUAUCUUUUCCAGACUAAUAAAGAAGUUAGACAGCUGUCCCCCACCCAGCUGGCAAAAUCCGAAACUGUGUCCUUAUGCUGGCCGGAGCUAUGACACCUUAUAUGUCCUGGGAGGAAAGCAUGACAAAGAACAGCAAGAAUUAUUUCUCUUUCAACCUAAAACAGGGAACUGGCAGGCUUGUUCUCCACUGCAGCGCAGGAACCUCACCCAGUAUGCAGUGGCAGCAGUAGGGAGCUUCCUUUUUGUGACAGGAGGAUAUUUCCGGGAUGAGUUUGUGUGGUACAGUGUGGAUUGGGUGCUCAUCUACAACUGCUUGGAGAAUUGCUGGCUGGAAGGGCCAGCCAUGAAGAAGUCCCGCAAUAGCCACUGUGCAGUAGGAGUAGGGCUCUACUUGUAUGUUCUCGGAGGGAGCACAGAUGAAGGGAUAAUCCCAGCAGUGGAGCGCAUGGCUUUGAUGGAGUCAGAGUGGGAAAGCAUGAGUCCUAUGGUUCAGCCUGUGGAGAGAGGUGACGCGGCCAGUGUGGGAACCAGCAUCUAUGUGGUCUGUGGCCUGGAUGAGAAUGGACAUGUAUAUGAUGGAGUGCAAAGGCUGAACACGGAGACAGACAGCUGGGAUGUCAUCUCGUUCUCACCUCUUCCAAGGUAUGACCUCUGCAUCACAUCCCUGAAUGGGGCUCUGUACACUGUAGGAGGGGAAGCUUUUCGAUUUGAUGUGGAGACAGAUGAAUGGACCCAGGUGAAUGAGGAAUGCUUGACCCAGAAGUUCUUCAUGGGAUGCAGCACUGUGAAUGGACAAAUUUAUCUCCUUGGACAGAGGAAGGGAAACAGCACCCUCCCCAUUGUAGUCCUCUUUGAUCCCUACACUGAUGUGUGCCAGGUCAUAGAUAACAAACUCCCUUGCCCCCUUCCUAUUCAUGGCUGUGUCUCUGUGCGAAGAUUUGAUACGUGGGCAUAAGAGUGGAAGAUCGUGUGCUUUACAGCUGAAGGGAGUUAGAUUGCAUCAACUUUGGCCUGUGACAUUUUAAAAUUUUGUUCCUUUGUAAUUUUACCUUUUUUUUCCUACUUGACAAAUGAACUUGAAGCAAAAGCCAGUGCAAUCUUUGUCUACACAAAGGUUACAGGUCAUUAUUGAAAAUUACCUGAUGAUGGUAUUGACCUGGUGAUUGGUAUUGUUAUGGUAUAUAAACUCCUUAGGGUUGAUGCUCAAUAAUGGGCUGUUCUGACCUUUAACCUUUGUGUCUCUCUGUCCUUUGAACAACUGGAAAAUCACUGCCUCGUUGUUAGAAAAUAUCAUAGGAUUUGAAUAACCAAAUGGGUGUCAAGGGAAUCUUCAGCAGGAUUAUAAGCCCAUAGUGCUGUAGGACAGAGCAAAAAAAGGAAAAAAAAAAAAACAACCCAAACAGCAAUUGCUGUCAAGCCAUACUUAAUAUCAGUACCAUUUUAGCCUGAAAAAAGCAAGUUUCACAGGUUAAUUAUGGCUAAAAUUACCUUUAUUCAAGGCUGAAGAGCACCACAGAAGGAGGGAGACUGUUCUGGAUUUAUGGAUUCAGGUAUGUGAUGACAAACAUUUGCACACUGAGUCUUAAGAAUCUGGCUUCAGUUUCCUUUGUCCUCUUUGGGUUCACAGCUGCAGAGACUCAGAAUAAAAAUGCCCAUCCCAAAGCACUAAAAUGAGGGUGCAAGGAGCAGGGUCCUGCACAUAGCUGUAAUUAAAGACUAUGUAUGAGAAAGAGCAUUUCCUGGGCAGAACUAUGGCCUUAGGGCGGUAGGGAUUGAUCUCCAAGGGCACUCAGGCCUCCCAAAUGUGGAGAGAGAGAGUGACUGUCCCACUGGUGCAACAGAAGCGAGCUGGGAGGCUGCACUGCAAGCACUGCUGUCUUCCUGUGCUGUCAGAGUCUGUUCUUUGAUGUGACACAACAAGAGAGCUCCUGAAUUGAAUGAUUAAUCUCUCCAGAGAAGGGGAGAGGCCUUAAAAACUGAGAGAUGUUGGUGAAAAGCAGCCCUGCUGAUUUAUUAAAGAAAUAUGGAUAUUGAUCUAGUACCGAUAUCCAGCUGUGACGGACAAAAACUCUCUAACAGUUUAAAGUUAGAAAGUGUAUGUUCAUUGCGAUGCCAGGCAGCGUGUGGGAUAGCUUCCAAAUACACACCGCGCCUUUCAAAUGAUUAGAGAGUCCUUUAAUCCACACAAGAAUUGAAUACCCAAAAUACAAAUACAUAUUCAUCAUUUUGGUACAUCCCAUUCCUCGCUUCGUAUGCUGAUUGUUAUAAAUAGAGGCGAAUAAUUUGUUCAGCCUUUCAAGAGUCAAUCAGAAAUUUAUUGAUUACAGCAAGCGAUGGCAAGCAAACAGCGCUGGGUGCAGCCGGGGAGUCCCCGCUCCGCCUACAGCUCACCCCGUUUCCCCCUUCCCGCAGUCUUUUUAUACUCUCUUUCUUC